CUCUCUCGGAGUCUGCCUCGGCGUCCGUGUCUCUGUCUGUGGUCUCCGAGAGUUCGGCCACGCUCGCUGUCACGGAGUCCUUGUCGAGCUCUGCCUCUUUCUCCUCUAGUUCCAGCUCUGCCUCGCUCUCUUCUACUUCCAGCUCCGCCUCACUCUCUGUGGGUGCUUCAGCCUCCACUUCUCACCUUGUCUUGACCUCUGUUGCGGAGCCCGCUCGCAUGACGGCGUCGGCGUCAGCGUCUAUUUCUACGGCCAUUGAGCUUUCGUCCACUACAGUAGUGAGUAGUGCCCUGUCAGGAGAAGAUUUCUUAAACCCUCUACUAACGCCUGAGCCUUACCAGUUGUCUGCCUCGCAUGGAGUCAUUGCCCCGCCGCCGGUGUUUCCUACUCUCUCUUACCCUGGAAAGGAUCAUGGCGCCAUGCCUUCCGAGGUUGUCAUGCCCCCUCAGGAGUCCAUGAUCUCGCCUCCAGGAGAGACAAUGGUGUCGCCUCCUCAGGAGUCUAUGGUUUCGCCUCCGGGAGAGACAAUGGUCAGUCCUCCAGGGGAGACGAUGGUCAGUCCUCCAGGGGAGACGAUGGUCAGUCCUCCAGGGGAGACGAUGGUCACCCCUCCGGGAGAGACUAUGGUUGCUCCGCCUAGUGAAAGCCUCAUCGUUGCGCCUAGCGAGUCCCUGAUCGUGCCUCCAGCACAGACUUCUGGCCCAUCUCUAAGUAGUAGCUCCAGUGUCUUCGUGCCAUUCCCCACGACCUCUGGGCUGUUGACCCUGCCUUCCAAUGGAGGUGUCGCAUUCCCUACUGCGGUUCCUGCUGUUCUUCCCAGCGGUUCUGGUGGCAUCGUACCUCCAGCUGCUGCCAGCUCGCCCAUCAUCAUCAUCCCUUCUGCUGGUGCUUCCGCCAUCUCGGCGAGCCUCGCCAGCUGCCUUUGCGCAGGUGUUCUAGCAUUGUGGUUGCUGUAAGCGCAAGUUGGCUAUAUGCAGUUGGGGUGCCUCUUUGUACGAUCGUAUUUUCAGGGAGUCGAGGCCUGCUA